AUGUUUAGCACGCCAGCGAGAUUCGCGUCCGUGCAAGCGCAGCGCUCAGCCAAUAGAGCCGGUGAGAACUGGCUCGCCGGUUUGGCAGUCUCCAACAACAACAACAACAACAAAAACAACAGCAACAAGGGCAGCGGUGACGGCGGAAGUGCGCCCCACCGCGAGUUCCGGCACCCGUUCUGGUUCGUCAACAACAGCAUGCCGCCGACGUACUGGGACUACGAGAACGCGACGAUUGAAUACAAUAGUGACGAGCCGUACGAGCUGAUCCAGAAGAUCGGCCGCGGGAAGUACUCGGAGGUGUUCCGCUCCCGCAACCGCUGCAACGGCGAGUCGUGCGUACUGAAGAUCCUCAAGCCCGUGCGGAUGAAGAAGAUACGCCGCGAGAUCACAAUUCUGCAGAACCUCUGCGGCGGCCCUAAUGUUGUGCGUCUGCUGGACGUCGUGCAGGUGGCGUGCGAGGACACGCCGGUGCUCGUCACAGAGAACAUCGAGCCGGCGGACAACUUCCGCACACUCAUGGACAGCGGCCGGCUGUCGAACUUCGACAUGCGCUACUACCUCUACGAGGUGCUGCGCUGUCUCCACUUCGCCCACAGCCGCGGCAUCUUCCACCGCGACAUCAAGCCGCAGAACAUCAUCAUCGACCACUGCCGCCGCAAGCUGCGCAUUGUGGACUGGGGUCUCGCGGAGUACUACCUGCAUGGGCAGGCGUACAACGUGUGCGUCGGCACGCGGCACUUCAAGGGGCCGGAGCUGCUCGUCGGUCUACGGCUGUACGACUACUCGCUCGACAUCUGGAGCGUCGGCUGUAUCCUUGCCGAGCUGUUGUUUCGCGUCUACCCUCUAUUCCGCGGCGACGACAACGACGACCAGCUACACCAGAUAGUGAGCGUUCUCGGCGUGGAGGACCUCUCGCGGUAUGUGCAGAAGUACAAAGUCCACCUGCCACGCCACUUGGCGGAUCGCUGCCUCGCGUCGAACUGGCCGAAGCGGCCGUGGUACACCUUCAUGAACAACAUCAAUACGUCGUGGUGCGAUGUGCAGGCGCUUGACCUGCUCGACAAGAUGCUGAAGAUGGACCACCAGGAGCGUAUCCUGGCGAGCGAGGCGAUGCAGCACCCGUUCUUUGACCCUGUGCGCCGCGUGCUGGGAGAGGACGCGCAGCAGCAGUACCCGGGGCUGGAAUUGUAG